UUCUUACCGAACUGUCAGAUGGAAAGAGCAGAGACUGAUAUUAGUCAUACUUAUAAAUAAGGAUAUUGAUAAUAGUCUCAUAACUCUCAUUUAUAAUAUAUCUCUAUUGAAAAAGUAAGACAAACCUUUUCGAAAAUGUGUGCAAAAAUGGCAUUUCAACAUCAAGCUGGUACAGCAAUGGAAUGCUUGAGUAUCCCAAUAACCCUCCACAAAGAAGUUGAUGGUGAUACAAUGCGUUGUGGCUUCAAAAUAGGUGGAGGCAUUGAUCAAGAUUAUCAUAAGAGCCCACAGGGAUAUACAGAUAACGGUAUUUAUGUAACUGAAGUUCACGAAUCAAGCCCUGCGUCAAAGAGUGGAUUGAGAGUACACGACAAAAUUUUGCAAUGUAAUGGUUAUGAUUUCACGAUGGUUACACAUAAAAAGGCUGUGAGUUAUAUAAAGAAACAUCCUGUCCUAAAUCUCUUGGUAGCACGUAAAGGAGUUACUUCGACAUAAAAUCGGUACAUCAAAACAAACCCUAUACUCUUAGCCAAAGUUGAAAAUUUAAUUGUUUGCUAUGUCGCUUUACAUCUAGAAACACUCAUAUUCUGUUCCAUUAUAUUGCUUCAUCCUCGUCAUGUGGAAAUUGUUAUUUCACUUAGAUUAUUUUCCCAGGGAGAACUCUCAGUUGCAACAAUUCAUCAAUUUCUUAUUCGAGUAUAUUUUAUUUCAUUAACCUUAAAUGGGGAACUUGAUGAAAGGUUAUACUCAGCCCAAGUGAUUCCAUUUUUUGACACAAUUUCGAUUCGCGUUAAUUUCAUACAUUAUUAUCGUAAUCUUAAAUUUAAGGAACAGCAACAGUAUUAAUUUUUAUAAUUCAUAUGAAAUAUUGAUUUAAUUUAUUUCAUAAAAUAUAUCUUUCAAAAGUAAGAAUAAUGUAAUCAAUAUAACACGUUUUUGUUUCAAACACGUAUGAACUAAGAAUACACAACAUCAACUGAGCAAAUUUAAAUAUCCAUAUAAACUGAAAAAUUUAUUGAUUUGGCUAAUACUACUGCUCUGAGAAGUGAAAAUUUUCAAACAAUAUCCUAAUUUGUAUUGGUUCACAAGUGUUUCUACAGGUUUUCAUAAAUUUCUUGUGUAUGUCGCCUUUUCUGAAUUAAUUGAGUGAGAAUUGAUGUAAUUGUAAAUGUAGUUGAAUUGUAGAAUUGUGUAUAUUGAAAUAUUGUAUUUAGCUAAGAACUUGGCAUUUUUCAGAGUGAAUUUGAAUAAAUUAUUUCUUGCAACAUUGAAUCAGAUAAGAAGGAAAACAAACUCGUAUCUGUUCAUUUGAAUUUACACCAAAAAAAUAUUAGUACUAUUCAUAUUUUCAGAAUGUAUCAUCUCUAUCAUAUUGUAUAAUUCCGAUUUUCCAUUCCAAAGUUCGAAUUUGUAUAUUUUAAAAAUGUAUAUAAUGAAAGUAAUAAAGACUAUGUGAUAUUGUA